UCACAAUGAAGAACUCAAUUGCUGCAGGCUUCGCAUUCCUCGCAUCUUUCGCUGCUGCUCAGCAGGGUAGCCCCAUUGGAUAUGCUUCCCAAAAUGGCGGCACCACGGGCGGAAAAGGUGGCACUACGACCACAGUGUCUUCCCUGCCUGAGUUCACUGCUGCCGUUGGAAAGAAGACGGACACGACUGCCAAGGUCAUCUACAUCAACGGUGCCAUCACUGGCGCCGCCAAGGUCAACAUCGGCUCCAACAAGUCCAUUCUCGGUGUCGACUCCAGCGCAUCUCUCACCGGUGUGGGUCUCUACAUCGACAAGUCCAGCAACGUCAUCGUCCAGAACCUAAAGAUCUCCAAGGUGCUGGCUGAGAACGGCGACGCGAUCGGUAUCCAAGCAGCCACCAACGUCUGGGUCGACCACGUCGAUGUCUCGUCAGACAUUGACCACGAUAAAGACUUCUACGACGGCCUGAUCGACGUCACACAUGCCUCGGACUGGGUCACCAUCUCCAACAGCUUCAUCCACGACCACUUCAAAGCCUCCCUUGUUGGCCACUCCGACAACAACGGCGCCGAGGACACAGGACAUCUACACGUGACCUACGCCAACAAUUACUGGAACAACGUCAGCUCCCGCACGCCAUCUAUCCGCUUCGGAACGGGACAUAUCAUUAACAGCUACUACAACGGCAUCUUCACCAACGGCAUUGACACGCGCGAGGGCGCAGAAGUUCUCGUCGAGAGCACUGUUUUCGAAAACACAGCCGAGGACAUUGGCUUCUACGAUGGCAAGGUCACGGGCUUUGCGAUCGCAAACGAUGUCAGUCUCGGAUCGGGGACGAAUACUGCGCCCGCGGGUAAUUUGACCUCUGUACCGUACUCGUAUACCAAGCUUGGUAGCGCCAACGUCAAGGCCUCAGUUCAGGCCAACGCGGGGAACAAGCUGAAAUUCUAGGUGUGAGGAUGGCUUGCAUGUAAAUAUGUGUCGAUGAGCGGGAAGGAGACGGGCUGGCCCGCGCGAUCUAAGGAAGGAAGCCAUCAAGUGAGGCGUGCCUGAUUGGGCCUCAUCUUUGUUUACCACCUUAGACCCUUUCGGCAGUUCCAUCCAUUCUUC